AUGAGCAGAGACAUCUGUAUUCACACUUGGCCAUGCUCCUACUAUUUAGAAUCUGAGAAACGAUGGUUCCCUGGAAAACUUUCAUUAACUUCUCUUUCACUAAAAUUUAUCACUGAUAAAGCUGGCACAAUUCUUGUUAACUUUCCUCUUUCUAGUAUAAUUGAGAUAAAAAAAGAAGCUUCCCAUUUUAUCUUCAGUUCCAUCACCAUCCUGGAAAAGGACCAUAUUAAGCACUGGUUUAGUUCCUUACAACCUAGUCGGAAUGCAGUUUUCAAUAUCAUUGAGCAUUUCUGGAGAGAGCUGCUGUUGUCUCAGCCAGGAGCUGCUGUUCAGGCAUCCUCCUCCACCAUGACCAAAGGGAAGGAACUGACUGGUUUGAUGGCAUGUUCCCAGAAGCGUUUGGAAGAUACAGCAAAAGUUCUUCACCAUCAGGGUGAGCAGUUUGACAAUAUCAUGAAAGGACUAGACAAGAUUGAAUCUGACCUGGAUGUGGCUGACAGAUUACUGACAGAACUGGAGUCUCCUUCUUGGUGGCCUUUUAGUUCCAAGUUAUGGAAGACAUCAGAAACAAAGCCCAAGGAAAGUGCCUCAACACCUAGCUCUGAGGCUUUUGGAAAAGAAGGGAUCAUUAUCAAAAUUCCUGCUAUUAUUUCCCAAAGAACAGAGUCUCAUGUUAAACCAGGAAAGCUUAUUGUCCUUGUUUCUGGCUUGGAAGUCCAUGACUCAAAUUCUUUGCUUAUGCACAGAUUUGAAAGAGAUGAUGUAGAUGAUAUUAAAGUUCACACGCCUUAUGAAGUUAGUAUACGCCAGAGAUUUAUUGGGAAGCCAGACAUAGCUUAUCGCUUGAUAUCUGCCAAAAUGCCAGAAGUUAUCCCAAUUUUAGAAGUACAGUUCAGCAAGAAGAUUGAGUUUUUAGAAGAUGCCUUGAUGCUCAGAAGCACUAAAGCCUCUUCCCCAGCAGAAAAGGGCUUUUCAGCCUGGCAUACAGCAUCUGGGCUGAUGGACCGCGUGAUGCACUGUGAGCCCUCCCCAGGAAGCCAAGAAGGAGGGCAGACCCAGCUGCAGAUGAGUGAGCAGUUCCUUUCCAAGGAAGAAGCCCAAGAGCUGAGACAGAUCCUCGGGAAGCUAAAGAGUCUCGCCUUGGACACAGAGAUGGAGCUGGAGAGACAGGAUGAGGCUCUGGAUAACAUCACCUCGUCUGUGGACCGCGCAGCCCUAACUAUUGACAAGCACAACCGACGGAUGAAAAAACUGACAUAG